CCGCAUGUAGUGUAAACUGGUUAGAAAAGAUUUAAAGGUGUUAUAUUCAGCUUUAAAUUGUAAUUAAGUAAGAUUAUAAUAUAAUCUAUAGUAUUGCCAAUAAUUAUUGUUACAGAAGUAAUAUAGAAGUAUUAAAAAAAAUACAAUGUUUGUUCGUCCAUAAAACUUAACGUUAUUGAAAUGAGUCCAAUGUCAAUUUCUCGAGACUCGAUAUGACUUUGUCAGUAGCUUGUUAGAAGGGUGAGCGGAAGUUUGAUAACAAAAAUUUUCAAAACAUUUAAAACAAGAUUGAUAAAAGUUAGAGUGGGAAUUAUUUUAAAGAAUAUCAAAUGGAUUCCUAUGAUGAUGACCCGUCAGAGAUGAAGGCUAGACUGUAUCAAACACAGCUAGAGGAAAUAGCAGUUAAAAAAAAUACCAUCAUCCAUUUGCCAACAGGAUCGGGGAAAACAUUUAUUGCUGUGAGAUUAAUCAAACGAUUUAUGAAUUCCCUUAAAAAACCAUGGGGUGAGGGAGGAAAACGGACUUUCUUUCUUGUAAACACUGUGCCCUUGGUGAACCAACAGAAAACAGUUAUUGCAAGAAUGUGCCCUUUGGAAGUGGGUGGCUACAGUGGAGAGGAUAGAGUUGAUUUCUGGAAAAAGUCUAAAUGGGACAGCGAAUUAUCAAAAUAUCAUGUUAUUGUUAUGACGAGCCAAAUAUUGAAUGAUAUGCUCACGCAUCAAUACAUAAGGAUCCAAGAUAUAAACUUGAUAAUAUUUGAUGAAUGUCAUCAUGCAGUGGACGAUCAUCCAAUGCGACAGGUCAUGAAGCAUUUUGAAAGUUGUCCUGUCCAUGAACAGCCGAGAAUCCUUGGUUUGACUGCAACUUUGUUGAAUUCCAACGUGACAUUGAAUAAAGUUGAAGGAACUUUGCACGACCUCGAAACAACAUUCCAUGCCACAAUUGCUACUGUGAAUGACAUGGGAGAAGUUUUGAGAUAUUCAACAAACCCAGAGGAGAAGACAAUAUAUUACAGAACUCCCACUGCAACGAAUGCUGUUCUAGAGGCUAAGGCAAUGCUAACACAGCUAAGCACUUUGAUACGCGUAGUCAAAUUACCUAAAUUCCUUAGAAACUCAUGCAUGCAGUUACAAAGUAAUCAAGCGGACAUCACAAGCGAUCCCGAUAAGAUUGUCAAGAAAGUUGCCAACAUGGUGCAGUCUAUGAAGAAUCAUCUAGACGAAAUGGGUGUAUACGGCGGUACAAUUAGUGUGCUCGCUUAUAUAGUGCUUUUGGAGCGUCUUAAACGGGGAGCCAUGAGCAAAGAAGAGAUGACGUUUUAUUCCUUUACUAUUACGCAUUGUACUGAAAUAAGAAUGGUUCUAUUAGAUUCGAUGCAGAAUGAAAAAGGAUAUGAAAAAAUCAUGAAGCAUUCAUCUGAAAAAGUCAAUUGUUUAUUAAAUAUUUUAAAAGAAUACAAUCCGGACAUCAUGAACAGAAGUGGGGUUACGCUUAAAAUUAACAAGGCUAGAAAAGCUCUAUCAGCUAUAAUAUUUACUCAGGAGAGGUUCACUUCGAAGAUUUUGUAUAAUUUAUUGAAAGAUGUCAUCGAUACUAACCCAGAGCAAUUUGGCUUUUUGAAACACGACUAUGUGGUGGGAUUUAAUGUUAACCCAUAUAAUAAUACUCGUGAACAAUAUUAUACUAAGAAACUAAGUCACCAAGCAUUGUUGAAAUUCAAAAAUGGUGAUUUGAACUGUCUAAUAUCAACAAGAGUUAUCGAAGAAGGUGUGGAUGUACCACAAUGCCUUUUGGUUGUGAGAUACGACCCACCACUUGAUUACAGAUCCUAUAUACAAAGCAAGGGCCGCGCUAGAAGCAACGAAUCUAAUUUUGUUUUAAUGGUUAACAUUGUAGACAAAGAAACAUUCCAACAACGCUACAGAGCCUUUCAAAAUAUAGAAAGUCGAGUUCAUCAGUUAUUACUCGGCAAUACAUCAGAACGUGCUGCGCCCAGUGAAGACGACAUUCAGGAAAAACUAUAUAAUGACGAUAUACCGCCCUUUAUUAAUGACAAUGGAAAUCGGCUGUAUUCAUCGUCUGCGAUCAGUCUUCUCAGUCGAUAUUGUUCAAUGUUGCCGCAUGAUAUGUUCACUUUAAUAACACCGAUGUGGAUAUUAGAGAAGAUUGCCAAUGAACAAUGUUUUGUCACCAUAAUAAUGCCCAUUGCGUGUCCUAUUAAAAAACCCAUACAGGGCGAUGCGUUUUCAAACAUUAAAUCGGCUAAAAGGUCAGCGGCACUCAAUGCAUGUAUUGAAUUAUAUAAUAUUGGAGAAUUGGAUCAAGAAACGAUGUUGCCUAAGAAAUAUGGUACGAUAAAUUUCGAACAGGAAGAUAUCAAGCAGUGCUUUCCCAACUGGCCGUGGGACGAGCCGGAAAUCGAAUGUAAGAAUCUAUCGCCCCCCGGUUCGAAGGGAAGAGUGCGCAAACACAAGAAAUUGUAUCCCAGCUGUCUAAAUGGCAAGGAACUUAAACGCGGCACGCAUACAUUUUACUUGCAUAUAAUCAAAUUUGAUACAGCUUUUGAGAAACCGAAGGAAUCACGCGAAAGGGCGUUGUACAAUCUUCUCAAAAUGGACGACGGCUAUGGUCUCUUGACGAUGGAGCCUUUGCCGAAAAUAUGCGAUUUUCCGCUAUUUUUAACAGUCGGAGAAGUAAAAACUUCAAUAGAGAUGAACUAUGCCGUUAUCGAUCUGAACGUACCGCUAUUUGAGUUGGUUAAGCAGUUUCAUUUCUUCAUAUUUGACCAAGUGCUCGAAAUAGCUAAGAAAUUCUUGGUGUUUGAUGGUACAACAAAUGGGUUAUAUGUGGUGCCGAUAUGUGAUAAAGGAGGCUUCGAAAUUGAUUGGGAUGUGAUGCGGACAUAUAAGGAAAUUAAACCCGUUGUCGUUCCCACUAUGAAGGAACGAAAAUCAAUCAAUGUUACACGGGAAACAUAUCAAAAUACAGUGGUGACUCCAUGGUAUAGAGCAACUGUUAUACCUGAUAGAUACAUAGUAUCAGAUGUUCUCGAAUACAUGACACCGAGCUCUCGAUUCGAUUCCGAUUCGUUCGAGUCGUUUGCGGAUUAUUAUGUGAACAAAUACAAUCUGGAUAUAGAGGGGCCGCCUGAUCAACCUCUUUUGGAGGUGCGCAGUAUAACAAGCAGAAUGAAUUGCCUGGUACCAAGGGCGGCUACAAUUAAAGCGUUCACAGAGAAGCAACGCAAGUUGGUUUCCCUCGCCCAAGGCGACGAUAAGCCGAAGGGCUUUAACGAGAUCUUCAUACCGGAGUUCUGUAUACACUAUGAUUAUCCAGGUGUGCUUUGGUAUAAGGCGGUUAUGAUGCCGAGUGUUGUGCACAGAGUGACAAUGCUAUUGGCUGCACAUGAAUUGCGUGCGGAAAUUGCGAAAGCGACCAAUUACGGUCAACCCAAUUUAAAAAAAGGUGAAGAAUGGCUGCCAGUGGAAGACGACUUGAAAGUGGCUAUGGAAAGUUUGCUGUCACAAGUCGAAGAGCCCACAGCAAAUAAUAGCGUUGACAGCAAAAUUACAUCAGAGACGGAAGUUUCCAGAGAGAAGAAAUUACGCUCUGAAACGAAUAACGAUAUUUCGCCAGAAAGAAGCAGAUCGCCACACGUUAGCGACAGGAUUAAUGACCCCAUUGAUGAAAACACGCCUCGUCCACUAAAUAUACUAACGAAGAAAGAAAGCAUUUACCAGCUGCAAAAGAAAAAGUUAAGCAAGGAAUAUGCUUGGGAGGAAACCUCAGAGCCGAUAGACAUAGAAAGGAACCUUUCUAAAGUGACUUUGAUGGACAUUGAGUGUUACGACACGUUUGUAAUGGCGCCGUUAGCAGAUAUCAAAAAUUUAAACACAGUCCGAUCACCAAACAGUCAACCAUUACCUACAGCUAUAUUGCCGCCACCACUGAGGUACAAGGAAAACAUCGAGUUGCUAUCAAAAACGGCCACGGGUCGUGGGCCCGAAUUGCGCGAUAUAGUCGCAGCAUUGACGACCAUAAAGUCUCGCGAUACAUUCAACUUGGAACGCGCCGAGACGUUGGGAGAUUCGUUCUUGAAAUUUGCGGCUUCUUUAUACCUGUUCCAUAAGUUUCCAGAGCUAGAUGAAGGACAACUGACCAAUAUUAAAGGCCAAUUGAUUGGAAAUAGGAAUCUCUAUUAUGCCGGAGUGAAAAACGGCCUCGCUGGCAGAAUGAAAGUGGAACAGUUCAGUCCGCGCAGUGAUUUCGCGGUCCCGGGAUUUUUCGCGCCGAAAGAACUUAUCAAAUUCAUCGAACAGCAAAAGAUCCGUCCGUCAUUCUUGAUAGGUAUGGAGUUUUCUCUCCCUGAAGCUUUGAGCGGAAGCCUCUCCACGGAAAGUCUGUUGGCGGUGCAGCAGAGGUUUACCGAUAUGCAUAGUACAGCGGAGCCCGAGCCGGAGGGAAUGGCGCAGAAUGCGAUGCAGGGUUACGUGGGCGCGCAAGCUGUGUCCGAUAAGUCGGUAGCAGAUUGCGUUGAAGCAUUUAUCGGUACGUACUUGAUUAGCGGAGGUAUAGAAGGAGCUGUUAAGGUUUUGGAAUGGAUGAAAGUACUCCCACCGGAGGAUAAUUUCAUUCAAUAUCUGCAUAAGACCGUAUCAACUCCCAUAAUGGAAAAAAAGAUAACAGAAAAAGAAGUUGACGUCCUGUUGAACUAUACGAGAGACAAAAUUCAGAACAUUCUAGAUUAUAAAUUCAACGAUCCGUGCUUCUUAUUAGAGGCUUUAUCGCAUUCUUCGUAUAUACGCAACCGAUACACGCGUUCGUACGAACGUCUAGAGUUCCUGGGCGACGCCAUCUUGGAUUUCCUAAUUACGUCAUAUAUUUAUGAAAAUUGCGGCGAUUUGAAACCGGGAGAGUUGACGGAUUUGAGAUCGGCGCUCGUUAACAAUGUUACAUUUGCAUCGUAUGUCGUCAAACUGGGGCUGCAUAAAUUCCUGUGUUCGAACAUCAAUCCCGUGUUGGACAACGCGAUACUCACGUUCGCGGAGCACCAAGAACAGAGGGACUAUGAGAUACAGGAGGAUGUGUUGUACCUCAUCGACGAGGAAGAGUGCCAAAUUGCUGAAUACGUGGAGGUGCCUAAGGCGGUGAGCGAUAUAUUCGAGUCGCUAGUGGGCGCGAUAUAUCUAGACAGCAAAGGUUGUCUGGACACGGUGUGGCGUGUGGUGUACCGCAUCAUGUGGAAGGAGAUCGCAACGUUCUCACAACGCGUGCCAAAACAACCAGUGCGGGUGUUGCACGAGAUGGUUUAUGCUUGUCCGUGUUUUGAUCAACCGAAAGAGACGUCCUCAGGAAUACGUAAAGUUAUGCUACCAUUGACUUUCUCGAAGCAGGGCCAAAGACAUACUGUCUACGGAGUGGGCUCAAACAAAUUUCAAGCGAAGAGAGCCGCUGCUAAAUUAGCUCUUAAAAUCUUAUCUAUAUAAGAAAUAUUUAGAUAAGAUCACUAAAAAAAUCUCGAUGUUUUUAACAUAUUUAUAUUGUAUAUACAUAAUUCUUAUAUAUACUAAUUAUAUUGACCAAAAGAAUUGCAUAUAUAUGUUACGGGUUUCACGUUCAUAUAGAAUAAAUUGAAUUGGUUUGAACGUUGAUAACAGAUAAACUUUGAUAGAAUUUUUAAAUAUUGUGAGUUUUUAAUUACACUUCAAAUGUAUAAGAUCUAAUUUAUAAAUUAGACACUUUGCAUGUGAAUAUUUGAUCAUUCAGUUUGGUCAUUAUAUUGGUAUCUUGUCAAUAAUUUUAAUUUUUUAGAAACGUGAAAAAAUGUAAUAUUUAUUUAUAUAUUCUUAAUUGAAGAAGUAUAUUUCAAUUAUAAUUUAUAAAUUCUUUAAAUAUCAUUUUAUCCGACUACGUCAAAAGAGGUGUUGUGAUUCGAGUGUAUGUAUGUAUAUUGUUUUGGUACUCUCUGUACGAUUUAACAGCUUGAGAGGUACUAUUAUAUUCGUAUUUUAAUGUGAGACAGAGUAUUUUAAAAAUCUGGUUGACCUUUUCGUCGCCACAUUUUUUUUCUUUUUCUUUCACUUAUCAAAAAGGGCUCAACUUGAAGGAAAAAGUUAAUUAUAACUAACAUUUAAGAGUCACAAAAAUCGAGAAAUUUCGUUCUAUUUGCCAUUUAUGACGUCUUAAAUCAACAGUAAGUCAAUUAGUACAAGUUGCCUAUAUGUUGUUCCACUUGUCCAACUGUCUACGUACCAAAUUUCAUUGCAAUCGGUUCAGUAGUUUUUGUAUGAAAGAGUAACAAACACACACACAUCCUUACAAACUUUGUCAUUUAUAAUAUUAGUAGGAUAAAUAUUAUUAGGAUGUCUGAUAACGAAAUUGAACAAUAAAAUUGAGGGAUGCAGACUGAAUUAUAAUUUUAAGUCUAUCUGAUCUCUUUUAUAAAGAUCGAGACAAUAUAGUCACAUUUAUAUUACGAAUCAUAUAUUCAUAUUCAGUGCAAUGUAGUAUAAAAUGAUUCCAUAUGAAGGAAUAAAAAUCGGUCAAGUGCAAGUCGGACUCGUGAUAGUAAGGGGUCCAUAAUCCAUAUGGUCAGCCAUCCAAUUUAUGACCGUGCCAACCGUUGCUUAACCUAGGUUUUUUUUUCAUUUAUUGUUGUAGCGACAAAAAAUUAUUUUAUGCAAUAUCAUCUCUGAAAAUUUCAACUGUAACUAUCACGGUUUAUGAGAUGCAGCCUGGUAACAGACGGACGCCCAGACAGACAUACAUACAGAAAGACAGCGAAGUCUUAGUAGUAAAGUCCCGUUUUACCUUUUUACCCAAAGGAACUUUAUAUUUUUUAUAAAAAAAGUAAAUCACACGGUAUUUAAUUUGUAGGCGUAGUUUUGUUUGAAGAUACCACGUCAAAUGGGACCCUAAACUUGUAUGUGUUCCGCAUUUGCGCCAAGGGCCAUGGAGAAACAGGUCAAAUUUUAGAUUAAGUAAGAAUUAUUUAGGAUUGAUAACAUGUUUGUUUUCCAUUCUUCCGUUGUUUUAAAUUUCCAUUUUAUUUGAAUGCAAAUAAUACAUUGAUGUCUAAAUAAUAAGUCAUUUAUCUUAUAUUCUGUUAGCUGUUAACAAAAUUUGGCUCCUAAUUUAGUUCGUAUGAAAAAUUAUUUUUAGUGAUAUAUAAAUUCAUGUUUAUUUUUUUUAAUAAAUGUAUUUACUGGCGUAA